UCAAAAUAAAAAUAAUUGUAUUGAAAUACAAAAGUAUUCCAAGGUUCUUGAACAAUCAAAACAAAUAAUAUGUUAGCUGCUUCACUUAUUGGCAACUGGGAAAAGGUAUUCCAAAGUACCCACCUAAACUUCGCAGUCUUUUCAUUUCUGUUUAUGGUUUGCGCCAUUGAAGUGGUGCUAUUAAAAAUGACGACAACAAAUUCUUCAAUGUUUCAAAACAACGAUGUGGAUUAUGAUGAUUCGAGUGAAUAUGAAGAGGAUAUUUAUUAUGAGGAUUUACAAAAUAAUUACGAUCAAUGGGCACGUAGACGUAUGCGUUACCGUCAACGACAACAACGUCAACAAAGCGAAAUGAUGCAACAAUAUAGACUACAACAACAACAGCAACAACAAAAUGGAUUAUUUGCUUACGGUUUCUAGAAUACUGAAUCUAAAAUCUAUAAGACUAAUAACUGUGCGAUGCAUUUAAGAGUAUUAAUUAAGAUAAACAUACAUCAUAGUUAUGAUUAACAUAGUUGUGAUUACAAAGUGUUAU